CAUGUUCACUGUUGUUGUUUGAACGAUGUUUGAAGACAUCGCGGGAGACAUCCUGAAAUAACAUGAAUUUGCAGCAAAACGUAGCGCACGCGCCGCGGCGCUGCCGUCGCUCUCGCCCGUUUAUCCGACGCCAUUUUCACACAACCCGCGAGCUUUCCCACAAACAGAUCAGUAAGCAUCCCCCACGGCGACAUCUCGAGUCCACGAGUCGUGUCGCAAGCUACGGGCCCAUCGCACGUGCUCGCACGCACUUGGCUGAAUACUAAAAAAUAUUGUUUUUUGAAUUCCUAAUAUUUCAUUGUGUGAAAAAGAACGUAGGAAGACUGUAAUCCGAUGACACUUAUUCAAAGAGAUCAGGAGACGAAAGAGGCAAACAUGGAUGGAUCGCCGUCCAAAGACAGCGGAAAGUCCUUGAGGCCGGUGCGAAACAGGAGAUAUACUCGGAGAAGCUUAGUGGCAGGUCAGCGGCCACAGAAGAGGCUGUUCACACCAGAAAUUAAACGAUAUUUGAAAGACUGGCUCGUUCGUCGUAGAGACAACCCUUACCCAAACCGCGAAGAGAAAAAAUAUCUCUCGAGAGAAACAGGACUUACUUACAUUCAGAUCUGCAACUGGUUUGCCAAUUGGAGAAGAAAAUUAAAAAAUGUCAACGCAGAUCGAAACCAACAGACAUGGGGCCACUUGAUUCGUACCUAUAACGACCGGGCCCAAGGCAACGUCGAACAAUUCAGCAUCUGCUCCGACGACAGCAUUUGGAGCGAACCUGGACCAAAUCCUGAAGACACCCUGGACAUUGAUACUCGAUUAGAAAGUAGCCCUGAAUCUAAUGAAGAAUAUCAUCCAGACACCGAUUCAUCGCUGUCAACUGAGAAAUGCGAAAGCUUUAAUAACAAUUCCAAUGAGAUCGAUCACAUGAGUGGAAAAAUUGAGAACUCUAAAAAUAUAACGAGUCCCCUACUGCUAAGCAAAUGGUUAGAAAGCGCUGCGCGGUUCCAACCUAGCGAGACUAACUAUUCAUGGUGGGGUGAGGGUAGACGACGAAAGAUCGAUUCAAAGUCCCAACUGGCAGUGAACAAUUUACGCCACGACCGGGAUGAAGUAGAAGCAGCAGUGGCGCUGACCGCUCUAGCCUCAGCCACGAGCCGUGUGACAGCACCCUAACUUUUCAUCCUACAGACACCAAAUGUAUCAUAAUAUUCCAAAACAAUUAUAGUACAGUAGGGGAAACUUGCGGUGUUCUAACAUCGAAGCUACAAUCGUUUGAACAUUUUAAAACGAGACGACAACAAAAACCAAAUAAAACAGCUUAUAAAUGUAUUUGCAAGAAAAAAAAAUCGGUUCAUGUUACGCCAUUUUCUUUUAUAUUAUUCCUUAGUUUGCACCACUCACUAUUAUCUAAUUAGUCAUCUGUAG